GAUCACGGAGGGCGCCCAGCCCUCCGCACCAGCUCCCGGCUGCGCCCCCACCGCGGGGCCCUAGGGCUGCGCGCUCGGCGCUCGUCCCCAGGCCGCCAGGCCGGUGCUGCCUGUCAGUCCGUCCGUCCGUGACCGCGUCUCCUCCCGGCGCCAUGCCCUUCCUCGGACAGGACUGGCGGUCCCCGGGGCAAAGCUGGGUGAAGACGGCGGACGGCUGGAAGCGCUUCCUGGAUGAGAAGAGCGGCAGCUUCGUGAGCGAUCUCAGCAGUUACUGCAACAAGGAGGUAUAUAACAAGGAGAACCUCUUCAACAGCCUCAACUAUGAUGUUGCUGCCAAGAAGAGAAAGAAGGACAUACAGAAUAGCAAAACCAAAACUCAAUAUUUCCACCAAGAAAAAUGGAUCUAUGUUCAUAAAGGAAGUACAAAAGAGCGCCAUGGAUAUUGUACUUUGGGGGAAGCUUUCAACAGAUUGGACUUCUCCACUGCCAUUCUGGAUUCCAGAAGGUUCAACUAUGUAGUACGGCUGUUGGAACUGAUAGCAAAGUCACAGCUCACAUCCCUGAGUGGCAUUGCUCAAAAGAACUUCAUGAACAUUUUGGAAAAAGUGGUACUAAAAGUUCUUGAAGACCAACAAAACAUUAGACUUAUAAGGGAGCUACUGCAGACCCUCUACACCUCCCUCUGCACAUUGGUCCAAAGAGUGGGCAAGUCUGUGCUGGUGGGAAACAUCAACAUGUGGGUGUAUCGGAUGGAGACUAUUCUACACUGGCAGCAACAGCUGAACAACAUCCAGAUCACCAGGCCUGCCUUCAAAGGCCUCACCUUCACUGACCUGCCUUUAUGCUUACAACUGAAUAUCUUGCAAAGGUUGAGUGAUGGACGGGACCUGGUCAGCCUUGGCCAGGUGGCCCCAGACCUGCAUGUGCUCAGUGAGGACAGGCUGCUGUGGAAGAAACUCUGCCAGUACCACUUCUCUGAGCGGCAGAUCCGCAAGCGAUUAAUUUUGUCAGACAAAGGGCAGCUGGAUUGGAAGAAGAUGUAUUUUAAGCUUAUCCGAUGUUAUCCAAGGAAAGAGCAAUAUGGAGACACCCUGCAGCUUUGCAAACACUGCCAUAUCCUUUCCUGGAAGGGCACUGACCAUCCUUGCACAGCCAACAACCCAGAGAGCUGCUCUGUUUCACUUUCACCCCAGGACUUUAUCAACUUGUUCAAAUUCUGAAUCCCAACACAUGACAACACUCCACAAGGGGCCCUGCUGAUUGGAUGGCUGGUAGUUUGGACACUUCAUUUGUAAAUAGUGUACAUUUUAGACAUUGGCUCGAAACUUGGGCGAUAAGCCAUUGAGUGGACAUUGGAAGGGAGAGACGCAGUUGCCGUUGGGAAUUUUUAAAUGUGAACUUCACAUUAGGACUGGUAUGGAAAAGCAGAAAUAGUGUAAAUAAACUCUUUUUUUUCCCUAACAAUUUGCCAGUGAGACUAUAAGGGCAAGAAUUCUGUGAACUGUGAAAAAUGGAAUUCUCUUGAUGUGUAUGGAAACUCCUUUAUAAAUUCCCUGAGAAGAAAAAGGCAAAAUUCAAAUUACAAGAUUGAACAUUCUCUGUUUACAACGUGAAAAAAGAAGAAGAAAAACUACAUAGGAAAACUCUUUGGGCUUUUUAUUUUCAUUUGGGGCUUGUUUUUGAAAAGGCAAAGAAGUACCACCCACCCACUACCUGCAUGAACAUAAGGGCCUUAUCCUACAAAGAUGCCACACAAUAGUCUACCUCUAAAAAGCAUAGAGUGUUCCCUCAACAGCACGCAUUAUCCAGUAGGCAGUGUCUUGUUUCUUGUAAGUUUAUUCACCACAAUAAAAAGUGAUUUAAAAUAGAAAGGGUAUUUGAAGCAACCCUCAUCUUGUUUCAGACUUCCUUUUUAGGCAAACAGGGGCCUCUUUGGAGUUCCCUUUGUCCUAGAAAAAUCUCCAAGUACCUGUGCCUUUUUUUCCCCUUUUCUGAUGUAGAUCCUUUAGGGAAACAGAAAGCCAAUUAAGGAAAGUCUCAGCCAAAGUUGUGGCAAAAAAAAAAAAAAAAAAAAAGAACUAGGCACCAUGUAGAUGUGAAGAUUUCCUUCUUCUAGUUUAACUUCCGGGUUUGUCAGUUUAACUUCCAGGUUUGUCCGGGCUUCCUUGGCUAUCUUCAUGGAUAAGCAGAUGUCUGUGAACUGAUUGGAACCCAAGUGCUUGAGGCUUGAAAUACAAAUUUAACAUGCUGGCCAGUUAAACAUGUUGCCAGCCACCAUUGUCCUGGGUGGGGUGAGGAGCUGAGGGGCCUUAUUAACUUUAGAUCCAACAUCAAAAUGAGGCAAACUGAGCUGGAACUUUUUGCAAGAGUGAAUGAAUAUAAAACCUGGAGUUCUAGCCAAACAGGGAGAGGAUUUCAUCUUGAGUUUGCUUCAGGCCUGGAGCGUUAAGAUGAAGAGAGCUCAAGCAUUAAGAUCCCAGGGGAUCUUAUGAGGCAAAUAGGAACAGAUUCGUCACUGUGGAAGGAAGGAAAGCUCAGGAUUUCAUGAGUUGUCAGCUAUUUCUGGGAGAGGGUGGGUCAUGGUUUUGUUUUUUUACUUUUUAUAGAAUGUUGCUUUUCUACAAUGUACAUAUAUUUGCAGUUUUAUUUGCUUCCCACCCUAGUCCUGCCAAAUAAAGAUGCCACACUG